CGUGCGUGGAAGAUCUGAGACUGAAGACUGAUCGCAGACCAAUUGCACACAGUAUUCCGCGGGUGACACUCGCGCUCGCAACGUAGAGAGUCUUUACUCUCUCCCCGUGGUAUCCGCGUCGUGUUUCCCAAGCCAGUACACCCACGGCAGGCGAACGCGAGCGAUCGCGACCCGCGCGGAUCGCACCUCGAGAUUAUCUCCCCGAGAGAUCAGUGGUGUACUCCGGAGGAGUAGAUGAGAUUUCGCGGCCGGCAGAUCGACUGCGAUUUCAAGAUCGAGAUCGGGAGAAACGCUCGUUGAAGAGAAACUGAAGAUCGGCUGAGAGAUUUGAUCAGUUUUCAAGUUCCAUCGAUUACCGAAGAUUUUCAUCGCCGAGAUUGAGCGUGAACAAUCAUCGCAAACACAACUCCGGCAACGAGCGCGAGAUUAUACAUUUUGCGCGCCCAUUAAGAGUGCUCAAAAAGUGCAGUGUGCAAAAACAAAUCAGAUCGGGGCCGGAGAUUUCCAUAUAAAGUUUCAUUGCCGGAUUUAAGUAAGUUCUUCAUUCGAGAUUCGCUUCGCGUUAUGUCUUCGAGUAAGCAACUUGUGAAAUAUUCGCUUGGCAGAUACCGUGUUAUGUCUUGUUAUCAUCUUCGCGUUUGAAACGACACUGGUCGAUAAUCAGCCGGACUGCGUACACGACCGGAAAAUAUCGAGAGAAUACCGAGUGGGCCCACCACGAAAGCCUACAAUCAUGACAGAGGCAUCGCGGGAUCCUGAGGUGGCUGAUUCAGAAAACACUGACAACGGCACGACAACGUUAAAUCUGACUUGUUCGACGACCAACAAGAAACCUCUUCCGGAUCGUGGAACAUGGAGCACCAAACUGGACUUUAUUCUCAGUGUGGUCGGCCUGGCAAUCGGUCUUGGCAAUGUUUGGCGAUUUCCAUACCUAUGCUAUAAGAACGGCGGUGGCGCUUUCCUAAUUCCCUACUUCUUGACGCUGUUCCUGGCCGGUAUACCCAUGUUCUUUAUGGAGCUGGCUCUCGGGCAAAUGCUCACGGUGGGCGGCCUCGGAGUCUUCAAGAUAGCGCCACUCUUCAAAGGCAUCGGUUACGCCGCCGCCGUUAUGUCCUGCUGGAUGAAUGUCUAUUAUAUCGUUAUCCUGGCCUGGGCGAUCUUUUAUUUUUUUAUGUCAAUGCGCAGUGAAUUGCCUUGGGGAAGCUGCAACAAUGACUGGAACACCAAGUAUUGCGUGAAUCCUUAUGACAGAAGCUCGUUGCUUUGCUGGAGCCAGAUCUCGCCGAGGAAUGGUAGCGUCGUCAAGAUGUGCACGCUCAAUCAUGUUAAUGUGACAAUGACGGAACUUACGGACCCUGUGAAGGAGUUUUGGGAACGUCGAGCGUUGCAGAUCAGCGAUGGUAUCGAGUCCGUGGGCAAUAUCCGAUGGGAAUUAGCAGGUACAUUAUUAUUAGUGUGGAUAAUCUGCUAUUUUUGCAUCUGGAAAGGUGUCAAGUGGACCGGCAAAGUCGUCUAUUUCACGUCUCUCUUUCCAUACGUGUUGCUCACUGUCCUUCUGAUUCGCGGAAUUACGCUGCCUGGCGCCAUGGAAGGGAUUCGAUUUUAUAUCAGUCCAAAUUUGUCUAAGCUUCGGGAAUCCGAGGUAUGGAUCGAUGCGGUGACACAGAUCUUCUUCUCGUACGGUCUCGGACUCGGCACCCUCGUGGCCCUCGGCAGUUACAACAAAUUCACCAACAAUGUCUACAAGGACGCUCUGAUCGUUUGUUCGGUUAACUCGUCCACUAGCAUGUUCGCGGGCUUCGUGAUAUUCUCGGUGGUGGGUUUCAUGGCGCACGAACAGCAGAAACCGGUCGCCGAAGUGGCCGCUUCCGGGCCAGGAUUGGCCUUUUUGGCUUAUCCGUCGGCGGUUCUUCAAUUACCGGGCGCGCCGCUUUGGUCGUGCCUAUUCUUCUUCAUGCUGCUGCUCAUCGGACUCGACUCCCAGUUCUGCACGAUGGAAGGCUUCGUCACGGCUAUAGUGGACGAGUGGCCUCAGAAAUUACGUCGUCGCAAGGAGUUGUUUAUCGCCCUCGUGUGCGCCCUAUCCUAUGUCAUCGGAUUGUCGUGUAUUUCUCAAGGUGGCAUGUACGUUUUCCAAAUCCUCGAUUCGUACGCCGUUUCCGGCUUCUGUUUACUCUUCCUCAUCUUCUUCGAGUGCAUAUCAAUCAGUUGGGCGUUUGGCGUAACCCGAUUCUACGAUGGUCUGCACGAUAUGAUUGGAUACUAUCCUCUUAUGUGGUGGAAAUUUUGCUGGACAGUGACUACGCCGAUGAUUUGUGUUGCUUUUAGCCGCCAUAUUGGAUCAGCCAUCUUGGAUUUCAAAACGGGGCACAUGACUUUUGAAAGUACUAGUAUAUAUAUAUAUACAUACAUCUUAUCUUA